ACGGCCCUUGCUGGAAGCGGAGGCCGGGCGGCGGUAGCGGCACCAUGGCUCCAAACGUGCAGACAGAGGACGUGCGCCGUGGCCUCCGCGCCGUGCUGCUGGGGCCGCCCGGGGCAGGCAAGGGCACGCAGGCUCCCAAGCUGGCUGAGAGGUACUGUAUUUGCCACCUGGCAACAGGUGACAUGCUGAGGGCCAUGGUGGCAUCUGGAUCCGAACUGGGCAAACGGCUGAAGGAGACCAUGGAUGCCGGGAAGCUGGUGAGUGACGAGAUGGUGGUAGAGCUGAUAGAGAAUAACUUAGACACCCCUCCCUGCAAAAAUGGCUUCUUGCUGGAUGGCUUCCCUCGCACUGUGCGGCAGGCAGAGAUGCUGGAUGAUCUCAUGGAGAAAAGGAGAGAGAAGCUGGACUCUGUGAUUGAAUUCAGCAUUGCUGACUCCUUGCUUAUCCGAAGAAUCACUGGCCGACUGAUUCAUUCAGCAAGCGGCCGCUCUUACCAUGAGGAGUUCAACCCCCCGAAAGAGCACAUGAAGGACGAUGUCACUGGGGAGCCCUUGAUCCGCCGUUCUGAUGAUAAUGAAGCAGCUCUGAAGACUCGGCUGAAGGCCUACCACACACAGACCACCCCACUGAUCAACUACUACACCCAGCGUGGGAUCCACACGGCCAUCGACGCCUCCCAGUCUCCUGACGUGGUGUUUGCCAGUAUCCUGGCAGCCUUCUCAAGAGCAACAUCCGAGUGACUGCGUGAGCCAGAUGAGACGCCACCAAAGGCUGCAUGCUGUUCCACAUCAUUCCAUCCCUUCCCUUUGGGAGAGAGGGGGGGCUGUGGCAGGGCAUGGGGUCGUGGCUGAUCAGAGGAAGGGUGGGGAAGAUGCCAAAGGCAGACUGGUUUUUCUCAUCAGAAUCAUGCUUAAGAGGAGAUUUUUAUCUCUCUCAAAUCAGCAUAUGGGGAGGAAGAAUGACUGCAGAGUGAAAAUGGAUUUCUGUGCCAAAGACCAGACCCGAGAUCCUUUGCUGUGUUAAGAGGGCUGGACUACCACCCUUCCACUUGGGACUGCAGUGCUUGCUCCAUGGUUUCUUAUGACUCCAGGGAGGUUGCAGAAUGGGUUGUUCUGCUACUUGCCCUCAGCUCCCUACGGUUGACCAAAAUGAAUGAAUGCCUCCUUAGCUCUCAAAAGGAAAGACAAAUUUAGUCAGCUUUUUUUCUCCCAAUUCAUGGAAGUUCUGGCCUUUCUCAGGGCAAUCUUAAAAUGAAGCUGUGGUGCUCAUCAGUCAUCUGAGAAGCCAUUCACUCCCAUAUAAUGUGUCUAGGGUCCUGAGCUGUAGUCCAAACCUGUCUUCAAGAGACAAUGGCUCCUUUCUGAUCUUGGCAAAACUAAUGUCAAAGAAAUGCAAAAGGAUAUUUCUCCUCUCCCAUUUGACUGAAAGUGGCACUUGGAUUAUUUUUGCCUUUCUUUACAGACCAAAUGCUGCCUUGUCUAGUCUCUGAAUCAAUAAAAUGUCUUUUAAAUUUUG